AAGUGCGGUGAAUUUUUCCUUUUCUUUGAUUUGCUUCCUUGUGUUUCGUGUUGGGCGGUGCCUGGCAACGCCGCCCCGCCAAGAAAGAAUUUGGCGCUGGCGAAUCUACAAAGAUGAUCGCGAUCGCAGGGACGGGAAUGCGCCAUUCGUGAUGCCGAAAUCCGAGAGGUGAUCGACCAUCGCGGCGCGCGCGCGCUCUCAUUCCAUGGCGUCGGAUGCGAGCGUCUUGUGCAGGGAGGGAAUCUGGGGCGAGGGAUCGGAGAUGAGGACGGUGCCGAUAGGGGACGAUCGGCAGCAGCAGCAGCAGCAUCAGCCACCGCACAAGGCUAUGGUGGUCGAUCAGGCACUCCACGGCUCGUUUGAGGAGGAUUGGUACGAUGGCUCGCUCAUCGAUGACAUGCCUUCUUACCCUAGCGCCGCUGGAGGAGGAGCGCAGCCCUCGCAUCACCACUUCAUGGCUGCCGCCGCCGCCGCCUCAAACUCCGCCAGCAAAUCCGACGCCAGGUCCACCGGCUUGUCCGCCUUCCUGGACGAGUCCUCCAUGCCCGGCGGCUGCUUCAUCACCGAUUUCUCGCCCGGAUUGCUGCCACCGCCGCCUCCCAUCCGGAACGGCUUCCACCACCACGCCACCGCUUCCUCCUCGGCGUGUUCUUCCUCGUCCUCGGUGGCCAAUCUCCACUCGGGCUUCCUGCCCGACAUGGCGGGCAGCCAGAUCCUCGACUUCCCAGCUCUCUUCGGCCCCAGCACUGGCGCGAGCUUUGGGAAUUUCAGUGGAAUUGGGAGCAGCCUCAGCAUUGGGAUGAUCAAGAGCGGCAAUGGCAUUUUUGGCGACUGCUUUGGAGGUGGCAGUGGAGGAGAAUUCAAGGAUCACUCCUCGAUGGUGACCAAGCCCAAGUCCGGGAAGAACAACCAUCACCAUCACGAGCAGCAGCAGCAUACAGGGAGCGGGCAAACAUCUCCAUCCAUAGCAGCAGCCGUCGGGGCGAUCAAAGCGCCGCCGGAUUCUUCCCUCGAGAUGGGCGACGAUUCUCUCCAUCAUCCAGCGCCGCCGCCGCCGAGCAGCCCGAGCAAGAAGCCGCUGGUCCAUAAGAGGAGCCCGGUGCUGUCGGCGUCCGACGACAUGGCCACCGUCGAUCUGGAGCUCCGCGAGGACGAGGAGAUGGACGAUGGAUCCGGGCUUCUGUGCGAGAAUGACGAGGCGAUGGGCGGCCACCAGGCGGCGGACAAGGGCCCUUCCGGCCGGGGGAAUCGCAAGGGCCUUCCGGCCAAGAAUCUCAUGGCGGAGCGGCGACGGCGGAAGAAGCUUAAUGAUCGCUUGUACAUGCUUCGCUCGGUGGUCCCCAAAAUUACAAAGAUGGAUAGAGCAUCUAUUCUGGGUGACGCGAUCGAGUAUCUCAAGGAGCUCCUCCAGAGGAUCAACGAGCUCCACAGCGAGCUGGAAGGCCCAGCAGAUGGAGGGAGCAUGGGAAUUCCGCCACAGCAGCAAUCCGGAGCGUUGCUUUCGCCCCAAAGUUUCGCUCCUUGCGUCAAGGAGGAAUGUCCGGCGUCCAGCAUCUCCCCGCUUCCGUUGCUCCCCGGGCCUCCUACAGAUCUCCAGCCAGCAAAGGUGGAGGUGAGAACAAGGGAUGGCAAGGGAAUUAACAUUCAUAUGUUCUGCGCGAGAACGCCAGGCCUUUUGCUCUCCACAAUGAGAGCUCUGGAUGAUCUUGGCCUGGACGUCCAGCAGGCUGUUAUCAGCUGCUUCAAUGGCUUCGUCCUCGACGUCUUUCGUGCCGAGCAGCAAUGUAGCGAUGCCGAGAUCGCCCCCGAAGAGAUCAAAGCAGUGCUCUUGCAAACGGCGGGGUGUCACGAGGCAUUGUGAAAAAAGGAAUGGACGAUCCAGUGUAAAUUUUUUUUCUUCUCUUUUCUCCUUUAGAGCUGACCAACCAUCGAGCUCUCCGAGAUUCCUGGUAGUUUUUUUUAAGAAACUUUGUAGCUAACCAAGAACACCAAAUCAAGAACAUCUUUCUUGUA